GUUGUAGGAUUGCUUAUUCGCGUGUUUCAUCUUUCAUUAGACGAUGAAUAACGAAAGAAAUUCACUUUCUAAUUUGACUUUCCUUCCCUAAAUAAUUAAAUAGUUUUUAGGUGCCUUGUUAAGAUUCGCAAGGUGAAGGAGGAGGUAUGAAGGAAAAUCAAUUCCGUUAGUUGAACCAGUCCUAUCGAGGUUUCAUGCAAAGUGCCCGUUGUUUAAGUAAAAAACGAGGAGUGUGUGCCAAAAGCUGAAACUAGCUGGUGCUAAAAUGACCAAUUUAAUUUAUUUUUUUGGUACUUGUUCAGGAAACCAGUUUUAUCUUGUUUGAAGGCUGGGGCAUACAUUUAAUAGCAAUUCCACGAACACAAAGCGCGAUAUGGGCGUACGCCAAAGUUACCCUAUAAGUAUUCAGUGAAAACCAGUUCGAUGAAAUUAAUUAAAUGCCACGAGUACAUAAAACCACCCGGCACUUCAUUUAAACCCCAGGUCACUUAUUAGCGUUUUUUUUUUCUUCUUCUUCUUUUUCUUCUAUUCGCUUCUUUCUCAAUAUUAAAAACGCUAGCUGCGUUAUUAGUAAAAUAAGAAAUCUGGUUUUUUGUACAUAGCUUGAACUCCUUUAGGUUAGCGGUCAACGUCCAACAGUUCAGAUUCUGUUAAGCAUAUGCGUAUAUCAAUAACAUAACAAUUGUUGCUAGUAAAGGAAAUGCAUUUGUCCUAUCAACAAUCACAAGGUUUUCUUUUUUCCCCAUUUUAUUCCAAUAACUAAGUUAAAGACAGUAAACUGUGGCGUAGCAUUAAACAUAACGGUUAUGAUUUCUAUUUCCUUUGGUGAUGAUAGCAUCAUUCACACAACAACAACAAAAAACCCAAACCAAGUUUCCCGGUUUCAUUUAUUGUCUCAUCCCGACCGCGCCAUUGUUUGCUUUAGAUAACAAUUCUAUGUUGUUGGUCAGGGAAUAACAUUAUCUGGUUUUGCCUUCAGAUAAAACCGAGCAAGCUCAACAGAAGGGUUAGCAAUGGUCUAUGAGGAGAUCAACAAAAGAGCCAUACAAGGUUUCAGCUGCAGAUCCCGUCAUUGCUGUUUCGUCCUGAAUUGAACAAAAACCAAGAAAAGUUGAUUCUCACAAUUUCAUUCUGUCCAGUAUUUUGUUGAGCCAUUUCAUUCGUCCCUCUAGGCUUAUUUCACAAGCACGAGCGAAGCAGUUGAGAUACGCAAAUUUCAACACCGUCUCUUUUUAUGCAUUCAUAUCAAUAAAAACUCUUCGGCGAAAAAAGGUGGACGAUCAUCAUCACCAUUGAAUUCUCCAGUCACGACCUGCCUCGUUGACAAGGGCAUUCGACGUUGAAACCCGGACCUGGACAAAUCUUUGAUCGGGAAUCGAAUCCGAUGAUCCAUUGGUUUGAUAGACACGUGCGGUGGCCUUCGUUAUCAAUGCAAUAAAAUAUUCUUCAAAAAGGAGAUAAUCAAAUGGGAAAGUUCAGACGUAUGGUAAAAGUCGAACAAGAACCGAACCAGUUGUGUCCUGAAGUGACCCAUUUGGCCGCAUGAAAAAUUCAAUCCAGACGAUGCUAUUGGCUUUGUUCUCGAAUCCUUGUCGGGAGGGCGUUGAGGCCGGAUUGAGCCACAAUUUAUUGUACUAGAACGAUAGCUGUCCCAUCAUAAUUUUGAACAUUGACGUGUCAUGAUACCAUAUAAAUAACAAUAAAAAGUUGAAAACAGGUUGGAAAAGAUACAACCUAUACAGACAGUUGAGGCUCUUUUAAUUCCGGUGGAUGAUCCUUGAAGAGACGCUAUCUCUUGUUGGGCAGCAAUUAGGCUUCUGCAAGCGAGAUCUAGUGACAGAUUAUUUCUCCAGAUAAAAUUAUAAUCACUGUUUGCUUUCAAUGACGUUAGGCUCACGUGCCAUUGUAAAAUAUCAUCACCUUAAUGGGGACGUAACCACAACAAUUAGUGAAAGAGAAUCUGUCUCCGAGGGCAUAUAUAGCCGUCGUGCUUCAAAAACCGCGCGCAUUGUUUACUUGCCAGCCGUUAACAAUGAUUUUAGUUUGUCGAACUUUCCUUUUGUUACUGUGCUGGAUGACCCGUUUGUCAUUUGCAACGGGACACGACCAGGAGGAUUUGGCUUCCGUUUUGACUCUUUUCAGAGAGGUCAUGAAUUUGGCUAAGAAUGCAGCUAACGGUAAUUGUUAUUGUUCAAAACCGGGACACUUUGUGAAUGACACUAUCAAACAACGAAGAAUCAUGGAUGUUAUUCACGGAUUUAGCGAGUUGAUCGACUCGGAAUCGGCUUCAUUUAUUGAUAAUAAACAACCUGAAGAAAAGCCACGCAAGCGAGUCAAACGCUUUCACUACGCCUUUCGUCGACGAAUCGCUUUUCCUCCGGGCACGAAGAUCACAGUGACUCCAACUUUCUUUUUGCCAUUCGUUCGUGAUCUGCCCAAUGGAUUAAUCUCCAACAUGUCCAUUAGUUUUCCCUUUUCAAUGGUUCUGGACGAACUUGGGCUGACUGACGAUUCAAACAUUUUUGGAACGUUUUCCAUUUUGAGGCGCAUCUUUCGACUCUUCUUCGGCCAUCGAAAACCACGAGCCAAUGAUUACGGAGGCGGGCACAGGAUUUUGGUCUAUCGUACCAUUGAGAACGUGCUCUACAAUUUGGGCAUGGAGGGCCAUGACUGCCUGUUGAGAGCCAUCUGUGAGGUGCACGAAUUCCCACUCGAUCAUCACCACGGCCUGCUGGGCGAGUUGCUUCAGUUCUUAUUCACGGCGAGCAAGUCAGCGGAUGCCAGUGAGGAAGGACGUGACUACAUUCGUGCCGAACAAUCAGGAAGGGACCGUGGCGAAUGUUGGCAAUAUUACUCGAAAUGUCCUCGUUCGCUUUUUAGCCAACAAGAUAAUAAUAACUUGUACAUGUAAAAUUGUUAUGAGGACUUGUCUUUGGGGCUUUACAUGAUUUAAAUUUCCAUUUCGAUGCAUACAGAUAUGAGAGGUAGCUAGUUUGUAAAUCUUGUAUUUUGUAGUCGACGUGAAUAAAUAUUGGAUAUUUUUGUA